UUCUUCCGCUCCAUCAAUCUCUUCUCUUUGGGUAGGAGAGGGGAAGGAUGAUGCAGGAGCAGGCGACCAGCUCUCUUCCUUCGAGCAGCGAGAGGUCCUCGAGUUCUGCCCCCCAGAUGGAAGUUAAAGAAGGAAAAGGAGGGGGAUUUGUUGUUUUGCUGUUCGAGAUUGUGAUGGUUUUGGAUUCUUGAUCCCUUUGUUCGAUCGAGUUGGUGAAACUGGUGAUCUGGAUCUGAUUCAGGAAUGGAGAGCGACGAGGAGAUCAGGAGAGUUCCGGAAUUCGGGUUCGAGCUGGCCGGCCCGUCGACCUCAGGUCAGGAGGCUGGCUCAGGAACCGGUGCGGACCGGGCCCAGUCAGCCGCCCAGGCGGGGCAGCGGCGCCGAGGAAAGAGCCCCGCCGACAAGGAGCACAAGCGGUUAAAGAGGCUGCUGAGGAAUAGAGUGUCAGCCCAGCAAGCCCGGGAGAGGAAGAAGGCUUAUCUGAAUGAUUUGGAGGCCAAGCUAAAGGAUUUGGAAACCAAGAACUCAGAACUGGAGGAGAGGAUCUCCACAAUGCAGAAAGAGAACAACAUGCUGAGACAAAUCUUGAAGAACACUACUGUUAGCAGGAGAGAAUCAAGCAGUAGCGCCAAUGGAGGUGGGGAAUGAUCCAAGCUUGCUUGAUAUUGUUGUCGUCCAUCAUGUCUCCAGUAUUGAGAUCACACAUUACUAAGUCUAAUUGGUGGCUUGUGGUGACCCUGGUGAAGGGUUCUCAAGGGACUAAGAAAAGAAAAAAGGCAUGCAUUUAUGAUCGACUAUGCUGUGGAGUUUGUAUCUAGUAGCAACUUUUGCGAUAUUCUCUGUAUCGGGAUGUGUGUUUUUCCUUUCAAGUGAGCACAGUGAAGUCGAUGAUGCCUCCUCUUAGGAAUUAUUUGGAGAGUGAAUUAUGAGAUGAGGUAUCUUUUUUUCAAUAAAGAGUUUAAAUCAAGACACUUUACCUACUGAAA